AUGGUCGGCUUGAUAAUCGGUGUAUACGCUAGCGGCCCAAUUUGGGGCCGAAUCGUCGACCGCAGAGGACCCCGCAUUCUUUUGGCGUGCGGGUUCAUGUUUCUCUUCGGGGGAUACUCUGGGAUCCGACACCUCUACGAUGAGGGGGUACCUGACGACGCAGCGUUUCAGGUGUAA